GCCCGCGGUCGCUCCAGCUCUGGGCUCCGGGGGACGUGCAGCUGCCUGGCGGGCCAUGGAGGCGGUGCUGGUGCUGCUGCUGCUGCUGCUGGCGGGGCCCGGGCUCGGGCCGGCGGCGGAAGAGCCACGCGGGGCGGCGCGGGGGGACGAGCAGUGCCACUACUACGCUGGCGGGCAGGUCUACCCCGGCGAGGCGGCGCGCGUGCCCGUGUCCGACCACUCCCUGCACCUCAGCCAGGCCAAGAUCUCGAAGCCAGCACCCUAUUGGGAAGGAACAGCAGUAAUCAAUGGAGAAUUUAAAGAGCUGAAAUUAACAGAUUACCACGGAAAAUAUCUUGUCUUCUUCUUCUACCCUCUUGACUUCACAUUUGUGUGUCCAACUGAGAUCAUCGCCUUCAGUGACCGAAUUGAAGAGUUUAAAGCAAUAAACACAGAAGUGGUGGCAUGUUCAGUUGACUCUCAGUUCACACACUUAGCAUGGAUUAAUACUCCACGAAAACAAGGAGGACUUGGGCCAUUGAAGAUCCCACUUCUUUCAGAUUUGACACACCAGAUUUCAAAAGAUUAUGGAGUAUAUCUGGAGGACCAAGGGCACACUCUUAGAGGCCUCUUCAUUAUUGAUGAUAAGAGGGUCCUUCGACAGAUCACAAUGAAUGACCUUCCUGUUGGCAGAUCAGUGGAUGAAACACUUCGUUUGGUACAAGCAUUCCAGUACACCGAUAAACAUGGAGAAGUUUGCCCUGCUGGUUGGAAGCCUGGCAGUGAAACUAUCAAACCUGAAGAAGCCAUGAGAGCUUGGUGGCCAAGAGAAGAGCUGUAAGUAACUUUUGAGGCUCUUGAUUACAGAUGUUAAUUCAUUAAAAUCAUUUCGAGUUUGCUUUUGGGGCAGGUCAGACUGGUGUGUGCUCUUUCAACUAUGCAGACCUUCUUCCUUAAACUCCUCCCCUACUCUUGCUGCCUAUACUCUUCCACCACAUAGCUAUUUCUAAAAUAGUAAAAACAGUUGAUGAGUAACUUUUAGAUGUAGCUUGUGGCAGCGGUUUCAAUACAUAAUGUACUGUUUGCUUUCAGAUUAAUGCUUUCACUUUCUUUCUUACACAGAUAAUCCCAGAUCCUGCUGGAAAACUGAAGUAUUUUGAUAAACUAAACUGAAAUUUGCUUCUCCUGAGCUACACAAAUUACA